AUGGCUUUAUACAAGAUCCGCGAGUUCUUCUGGCAAUCGUUCUUCAUCGCCGAGCCACCACUGACCGAGCACAACCUUUGGGACCAAAGCGGGCGUGUAUGUAUCGUCACUGGAGGGUACACGGGCGUUGGCUUGGAAGUCGCCUCUAUACUAUAUCAGCACAACGCCACGGUGUAUAUCGCAGGCCGCUCAGAAGACAAAGCAACAAAGGCCAUAAACUCAAUCGCCGACCAGUUCCCUGCAUCUGGCGGCAAGCUCUACUUUCUGAAGGUCGACCUCUCGGAUCUUGCUACCAUCAAGCCGGCAGUGAAAGAAUUCGAGCGACGCGAGUCCAAAUUGCACUGGCUCAACAACAAUGCGGGGGUCAUGCGAGCACCGACCGAAUCAAGAGGUGCUCAGGGAAUGAACAUUCAGUUUCAGACGAACAUAUAUGGUCCCUUUCUCCUCACCAAGCUAUUGUCGCCCAUCCUAGAGCGGACCGCGGCAAAUGAAGAGCCCGGGUCCGUGAGAGCUACCUGGGCUGGAAGCUUGGGAACUAUUCUGUGUCCGUUUGAGGGAGGGGUGGAAUGGACCGCAGAUGAGGCCGAGCUUGCUGGGGAGGGUGAUCCAGACAAAGCGUACCAUGUCACUAAAGCCGCCAACUACCUCUUGGGUGUAGAAUUCGGCAAACGUGUUGGCGACAAGGGCGGUGUCAUGCACUUGACCUACAAUCCAGGAAACCUUAAGACGGAGCUCGCACGACACCUGGAGCCAAGCGACCCGGUCCUGCGUGUGGCCAGGUUCCUUGUUUACCCGGCAAGGAUGGGUGCCUACACCGAGAUUUAUGCGGGCUUGUCCAAAGUUCUUAGCCCAAGGGAGAAUCAAGGGGGCUGGGUUGUGCCAUGGGGCAGGAGUACCGCACCCAUGAGGCCAGACAUCAAGGCAGAAGUCGAGAAAGAGAAGGGCACGGCUUUCAGAUUGUAUGAAUGGUGUGAUAGAAUCACGAAGCAAUGGCAAUGA